GGGGCACGGCGGUGUCGCGAGCCCAGACACGUGACCAGUAUAAAGAAGCCCUUGGUCUUUGUGAGCUUCUCACUGUGCGCCAUAUUCGUCCUGAGUUUAGUGUUAACCAGACGCAGUUAUGGCUGAGGCAGACCGACCCGGAAAACUCUUUAUCGGCGGGCUGAACACCGAAACCACCGAGGAGGCCCUUGAACAGUACUUCGGCAAAUAUGGCCGGAUAUCGGAAGUGCUUUUGAUGAAAGACCGUGAGACGAACAAGUCCAGGGGCUUUGCGUUUGUGACCUUCGAGAGCCCAGCUGACGCAAAGGAUGCAGCGAGGGAGAUGAAUGGGAAGUCUCUUGACGGCAAGCCGAUUAAAGUGGAACAAGCAACAAAGCCCCAGUUUGAGACCGGAGGCCGCCGAGGCCCCCCUACUCUGCGUGGUCGUGGCCCGCCGAGGGGGUUACGAGGAACUAGAGGACUGAGUGGAAUGAGAGGCCCCCCAACAAGAGAACCCUUUUUUAAGGAUAUGUCAUCAAGAGGACCGCCACCUCUGAAGAGAGGCCCACCAAUCCGUGAUGGCGGCCCGCCCCCAAAGAGAUCUGCACCUUCAGGUCCAAUGGGCCGACCUCCGAUGUCUCGAGAGCGGGAUCCUUAUGGGCCCCCGCCACCUCGCAGAGAUGGCAUGCUUUCUAGAAGGGAUGAUUACCCGUCUCCUCGCGACGACCAUUACAGCACGAAGGACAGCUACUCCAGUCGAGACUACAUGAGCUCCAGGGAGACCAGGGACUACGCUCCGCCGCCCCGCGAUUACCCUUACCGCGACUACUCUAGCUCUCGUGAUGAUUAUGGAUCCUUGUCACGGGGCUACGGUGAACGUGACAGCUACGGUGGAAGCCGUGAGCCACGAGGCUACAUGGAUCGCCCGAGUGCGGGUUCCUACAGAGACCCCUAUGAUGGUUACGGUAACUCGCGCAGCGCCCCGCCCUCAAGGGGCCCUCCGCCAUCCUACGGUGGAAGUGGCGGGAGCAGUCGCUAUGACGACUAUGGCGGCAGUUCCAGGGAUGGUUACGGCAGUCGUGACAGUUACCCCAGCAGUCGCAGUGACCCAUACUCUGCUAGCCGUGGCGAACGAAUGGGCAGACAGGAGAGGGGACCUGCCCCCCCAAUCGAUAGAGGCUACCCUCCUCGCGACGCGUACGGCAGCUCGAGCCGGGGCGGGCUCCGUGGUGGCGGACGCGGAGGCAGCCGGGUGGAUAGAGGAAUCGCCCGCAGCAGAUACUGAACAGACUUGCAAACAAAGGAAGUUCUCUCAAACCGGCACCCAUGAGUGUGUUCCUAACAUUCAGAUGGAAGUGGAAGACCUAAGAAGCAAAUUUUGAGUUCUGUGGACAAACCUUACUGCUCCCCCUCCCCGUUCAUAUCCCUGAGCAUCAAUUUUUUUUGAAGAAAUGGAAUGUUUGUUUUGUAUUUCGUUCUUGGGCAGCCUUCUCCAUCUAGUCUGUAGCUAUUUUAAGUGUCUUUGUACUAGUACUGUUACACACUGCAGUUCCCUGGAAUAACAUGCCUUCAUUUACUAAUAAAGUUUUUAUUGAAAAUGUGAUCAAAGCUGGUGGAUGUUCAGAGAAACCUGAAGUAAUAUUAAUGCUGUGUUUCAUUUGCCUGCAUUUGCCUUUGAGAUUUCUAACGUUCUAACCAGACAUAAACAUCGGAGCUCUAUUGGACCUUUUUUAAAAAUGAAAUUUGUCUGCUAUAGCUUCAGAGAUUCAGUCAACUUGUGGUUUCACUGAAGGAAAAAGGCAAAUGUCAUUUUUCCCAGAUUCUUUAUCAGUAAUCCCUCUGGUAACGGACCCCCCCCCCCCCCAAGCCAAAGCCUAACUUUGAUGGCUUGCACCGACCUAGCCAAAGAACCUGGCACCCAAAACGCAAGUGAAUCUUUUCAACAUUCAACAGAUAAAAACAAGUUACCUGUCAACAGAUGGUAAGCAAAGAGAACUUUUUUUCCUCAUCUAAGGGGCUGUGAAAUUCUGACGUGAGUAGCAAUCACCAAAAUGAUGGUAUAAAAUGUAACUUCGAUGUUCAGAAUCCUCUCAACUCAAGCCUUCAUGUUUAACAGAUGCAGCAGGCAGUUUUCCGCUACAAUCGAUAGCCUUAAAAGGAGCAAGGGGGGAAACUUAACACCAUAGUGAUAUUUUAAUGUAAGUGCAACCUCUAUGCAAAAUCAAUGGAUGUAACGUUAUUGUAGACCAAAGGAUGCCUUGGUUUCGGCACAAGUCAAACUUAAUCCAGCAUGCCCAAAUUCACUGAAGGACACCCAAACUGACGUCGAAAAACUACAAUAAUGGAACGCAAACUGGAGCGUAAACUGAAGGAAAAGCCAAUUUGGACCGUAGUCUAAAUACGAGGAAGGAGGGCAAAGGAAAGGGUGGCUCUGUUUCUUUUUAAUGACUUAUUCAGUCAUUCAUUAUUCACAGUAGUGAAAAUUACUGGCUGCUAAUUUGUGGUUUUCUUGUUUCAGGGUAAGUUCAUCUCCGAAUAUAUAAGAUGAACGAACAUUUAAAUGACUGGACAAACCUCAUGGUGAGGCGGCAGCUCUGGUGCUGUCUGCAAGGUAAAGCUACUGCAGCAGCCGGUCAAGACCUUUGUGGGGCCGACUGGUCUAACGAACAGUCCAUUCUGAAGUCCCCAGUGGGAAGACUUGCAACAUCUCUAAUGUAAUUGUGACUGCCAUCUUAAACUUUGUUGUAAUAAGCAAAGUGACACUAAGAUUUCCUGUGAGAUGUUUUGAGUGUUUGCCAUGUACAUUAAAGUGUAAUCUUUUCAAUAAAAGCUGUGUCAAGUGA